UAAAUUAUAAAUAUAUGGAAAUAUAGAAACAUCCUUUCGGAUUCUCGCCAAAACUUUCUCGGCAUCCAAACAUGGCGACAAUCAGCCUGCGUAAGGCGAACACGCGGCUUCCGCCGGAGGUGAACCGCGUGCUGUACGUGCGGAACCUGCCGUUCAACAUAUCGAGCGAGGAGAUGUACGACAUCUUUGGGAAGUACGGGGCGAUACGGCAGAUCCGGGUGGGGACGAGCAAGGACACGCGAGGCACGGCCUUCGUGGUCUACGAGGACAUCUACGACGCCAAGACCGCCGUAGACCACCUCUCCGGCUUCAACGUGGCCAACCGCUACCUCAUCGUGCUCUACUACCAGCAGGCCAAGAUGAGCAAGAAGUUCGACCACAAGAAAAAGGAGGACGAGAUCACCAAGCUCCAGGAGAAGUACGGCCUCUCCAAAGAUAAGUAGUAGAUUAGACUAUGAAUAUCUCAAAGCGACGUCGUAUUUGGUUUUUAUAAAUCUAGGGUUUGUUUCUGUAUGUAUACGGUUUAUCUGAAGUUUGAGACUGAUGAUAUUAUAUGACAGUGAUUCUUUUUUAGCUGUUA